AUGAGACGUCAAUGUCGGAUCCACUUUGAAAUCAUAACGGAUUAUAAUCCGCAAGUAAGAACCUACAGAGAUCCAAAAAGAACUGACUGGGACUCCUAUAGAACGGAGUUACAGGCCAGGACUAGGGAAAUCUGUACAAAACUAAGGAACACAUAUGAUCUUGAGAGGGCCGUGGAGGAACUCCAAAACGCCGUCACAAGAUCAUAUGAAUACAGCUGUCCUAUCAAAGUGAGGUCCGAUAAGCACACCGUACCCUGGUGGAGCAAGGAACUCACGCAGUUGAGGGGACAGACAAGAAAACUAUUUAAUAGAGCAAAGCGGACAGGAGAGUGGGAGACUUAUAGAGCAACCCUCACUGAGUAUAAUAAAGAAAUUAGAAAAGCGAAGAGAGACUCAUGGAGGAAGUUCUGUGAGGAUAUUGAUAGUGUCCCACAGUGUGCUAAACUCCAGAGACUUCUCUCUAAGAACGGACAUACGAAACUCGGGUCUCUCAAAGCACCGAGUGGGGAAUAUACCAAAACUGGAAGGGAGACAUUGGAAUUACUUCUAAAUACUCACUUUCCAGGCUCCAGGUUAUUAAAUCAUGGAGAUGAAUAUGACUGGAAUCACCAGCAGAGGGUAACGACCGGGUCUCGACAGAACUGGGAGGUUGCCAAGACGGUGGUGAGUCAGUCACGAAUAAGAUGGGCAAUAAGUUCUUUUGACCCAUUUAAAUCACCAGGAGCCGAUGGAAUCCUACCUGUACUGCUACAGCAGGGGGUGGACUGUCUAGCUCCGGUCUUAAUUCACGUCUUCAGAGCCAGCAUUGCACUUGAUAUGGAUUCCCGAGCAGACUUUUCAGCAUUACCUAAAAAAGUAAAAAUAACAGGUACAACCUAUGAAUGUAUCAUUCACUGUACCAGCGACAACAGCAGUUUGAUGACUCUGUCGUCUACCGAAUCAUGUAAACUCUCCUGCACUUUUUGUGAGAAGGAACAGAAGUACAAGCCAGGCAGUAGAACACAUGAGGAAGUGCAAUGUGUGCAAUUGAGAUCAGCUGAGACUUCAUGCUACCGCAAGUGGUACGGUAACGGUGGUACUUUAAUGCAGGAAAUUCUUUUCCGGUAA